AUGUCAUCAUCAAUAUCUUCAUCUUCAUUUGGUAAAUGUACUUUGGGCAUACCAUUUUGUUUUUGUGAGGAGCCAGCCACACUAAGACUGGCUCGUACUGCAAAGAAUCCAGGACGACCCUUCUUAGGGUGUCUAAAGUACAACACUAAGGGAUUACCAUACUGUAGGUUUUUCAAGUGGGUAGAUAUUAAUGAAGAAGAGAAUGAGCUCCAGCAGCGAGAAAGCACCAAUGAAUUUCUAAUGAAGGAGAAAGAGGUCGAGAAGAAACUCGACAAUGUCCAUAAGAGGGAGAUUGAGGUUAUGAAGAAGGAGUUGGUGCUUCGGGAACAAGAAGCUGAAAUAAAGCAUUCACGCAGACUACUUUGGUUGUAUUGGACUUUUGCGUUGCUUUGGGCAUUUUGGUUGUUGCUUGGUAGUGUCUAA